GUGUAUUUCCCCAUUUACUUUCGCUUUCCCCUUAUGUUGUCACUUUUAUCUCCCUUGUUUCCCUUCCUAAACUUUUCAGUCAUGUUACGUCUUCACUAAAUGUUUUUUCUCAAGUUUCUAACGAAGUUUAACUAUGCCGGUAACAAAAAACAAGCCUCGAGGUGAUGAUUCUGCAACUGACUCUCCAGACGACUCUGACUUGGAUGGACGAAAUCCAAAACUGGGCCGAAAUUCAGGUCCCAUUUUAAAGAAAAUCAAAAUCAAAGGUUACGACACCACAGAUGCCUUACCAAAAAAUUUAAACUUUUCAUUGUUGGAUAUCUUGGGCAUUAUUAUCUCAAUAUGCAGCUUCUUUUUGGAUGUAGCGUUUGAUGUACUCGUUGCUGUUGUACAUUAUAAUAAUGGGAACGAAUGGUGGUUUGCUCUAACGGUGUGUUUUAUUGCUGUGCCUUCUCUAUCGAUGACAGGUUUUAGUCUUCGAUGGUACCUUGUAGAUGCAGAUGAAAAGAGGUUACCUCCAGUUUCUACAACACGAUGGAUUUUAAGAAUUGUUUUCUUGGUGCUACAAAUGGGUCCCCUAUUAAGGUAUAUAGAUUCUCUUUACUUUGGAUUAAAAAGUAACCGCAGCAGAUCAAAAGUUCAAGAUCAAGUAGAUUUUUAUAAGCAAAUGAUAUAUGAAGAUGCAGAUGCCACUCUGCUGCGUCUUUUCGAGUGUUUUAUGGAAGCUGCACCUCAACUUGUUCUUCAGUUGUAUAUAUAUGCUAUAGCCCAAGCUGAUUCACCUGAUUUUUAUACCUGGACAGAGGUGAUUCAACUGAUAUCAAUGUUUUCAUCUCUUCUGUCCAUGGCUUGGGCUUUGGCUUCUUAUCAACGUGCCUUACGUUAUUCACUGGAAGAAAAGAAGAACAUGACUUUAUGUGGAUCCAUUGUCCAGGUCAUAUGGAGAUUUUUUGACAUUGCAUCUCGAGUGCUUGCUCUUGGUCUUUUUGCAUCAAUUUUCCCAAAUUACUUUUUUAUUGUUUGUGCCGUCCGCUAUGGAGUUAUGUUUGUUUGGAUACGUUUCAUGGACACAGAAUUCUGUGAUAAUAAAUGUGGAGAAUUUUUUUACAAUGUUGUGCUUGGGAUAAUUUUUAUAUUUUGCUACUUCAAUCCCAAAGAUAGUCCAACUCGCCGCAGAUUCACAUUUUACUAUACAGUGACCUUCUUAGAAAACUCUGCCUUAAUGUGUGCCUGGUUUAUUUACUGUCCAGCCCAUGUUGCUUACAAAUAUCCUGCCAUGUUUAUGCAAUUUUUAAGUUUUGUCUUAGGUUUAGUUAUUAUGAUUAUAUAUUAUCUUCUCUUGCAUCCUACCAAAAAUAUAUCUGUGUGGGACCAUUGGAUAAAAACUAAACCAACUGCUAUCCAAAUGUGUGGUGGAAUUACAAACACAGUGAAUGGGGCACCGCCAAAUGAGGUUCAAGAACAUAAACUUUAAGGUGUUCAAUUUAUCUUAAUAUAUUGUGAAAAACUAUUUGCUUAAAUUUUUGUAUUGUUUUUCUUACAUGGGAAUUUAUAUUUUGCUAUCUGUUUAUUUUGCUACAUAGAUUCUUUAAAUUACAGAGUGAACUAGUGCAGUUGUUUAUAAAUGUUUGUCCAUUAUCGUAGCACAUAAUAAUGUUUUUAAAAUUUAUCAUUGUAGUUAGUACUUUUUAUUUGAGCUGUGUUUGAGGUACGUGUACACUAAUUUUAUAAUCAAGAGCAGUUGAUUACAUUCUUGCACGUGCAUUUUGAGCAUGAUUAUAAAGUCCCUCUUUUAUGUCUGAAAAACUUUAACACAACAAAUGUCAAAUUUUAUGUUGUAGAAUAUCUGUUAAACUUCAGUAUUCAGCCUCAGUUAUGUGUUUUGUUUGUUUAAUCAUUUUUUUUUUUUUUUUUUGCUCAUUUCAUUUUAACUUUAUAAAAGUGAGAUACAUUAUAAUAAACUAUUGUCAAUGAUAACUGUAGUUAGUAGUGUCUAAAAAGAACUAUAGCUGACCUUUAAUAACCACCUCUAUUUUCUCCUGUACUUCAUGAAUACUUUUUGAAUACCACCUUCUUUUAUAUUGCCUCUUGCAAUCAUAAUUUAAAGUUUUAUUAAUAAUGUUAAAGGUUUGAGUUAAUGUGGCAAUCAAAUAUCUCAGCUUCUCUUUUGAAACAUUUUUAGGCUUUAUUUUUUUAUUGUAUUCUAUCAUUAUCAAUUCUCCAUCCUAACAUAUUAUCAGCAUUAAAAAAUGUUUUGCAUUAACUAUGGUGGAAAGCUAAUAAUAAUCAGCUGUUCUAAAGGAGGACAAUUUCAAUGCAGUCCAUGAACUUGUUUUAUAGUGAUAAAACAAGUCCAUGUUUUCAAAUCAUAGUUUUAUAAAAUUACAUUCAAGUAAAGACAGGUAUAUAAUAUAAUAUAAUAUCUGAUGCUGUCUCAAGAUUACUGUGAUACUUGUUAUUAAUAUAUAUCCAUAUAAGAUAAAAAUAUUAUCUUUUUACAAGUUCUAUAUUUGUUAAAAGUAUUUUAUUGAACAUUGAUUUUUUUUAAAAAUACUCUUACUGCUAACCAGUAGAUUUUUGUAGGGCAUAUAUGACUUUCAAAUGAACUUAGGGAAACAAAAUUCUGUAAUUAUUUCCUCUUUUUCUAAUAUUUUAAUUGCUUAUUGUUUUGAUGUUUACUAUUGUCAGUAUUACUUUUGCUUACCCCUAACUUGGUACCCUGUUUAACCCCUUCCACACUCAUACAUACUCUAACCACAGAAUGAAAACUUCGAAUAUACUGUAACAACUCCUUCGAGUUAAACAACUAUAUGUUUAUCACUCUUCAUUACUCAGAAUAUCAAUUAUUAACACUAUAAAUUAGAUUCUCUUCAUUUAUUGUGAUUAUUUCAUGUUACAUUUAUAGUAUAUUCAGAAUUAUUUAACUGGGCAUAACAAUAUGUUACUAUUUAACUGAAGUUAUCAUUGAUGAUAGUAGUAUUUUAAAAAAAAUAAAAAACUGUCUGACAGAAAUUUCAUCUAAUUAAAUGAUGAAUCCUUGUAUAAAUACUCAAGAGCUUUGUUUUUUUUAAAUACUACAAGUGCCAUUUUUGCUGCUAGUAAAUGGGUUAACGAAGUUACAGCCAACUUUGUUCAAUUUAAUUAUUGUUGAGUAACACAUUAACAUAUAAUUAAAUAAAUAUUUGAGAGAGCAUAAAAAAUGCACAGUAGAAAUUGAAUUUUUAAUUUAAUUUUAAGAAUACAAUUUUACAUAUUACCUUUUUGUAUAUAUAUUAUCAAAAGAUAUCCAUAUAAAAUUAGGCUGAAGUACUUUUUAAACUCUGUUCCAUUCAGAUAUUUUGCAAAUUUUGAUGUUAUUGUCAUGUGUUUAAGAAAUUAAGUAAAAACUACUUAGAAAUUAAGUUUAAAGUAGACUAAAUCAAAGUAUAGAUAAAAAUUAUUUUAAUUCUGAAACUACUUUAAUUUGAUCUGUUUCGUAAAACCAGUAAAAAUACUUUUUUUUUCUUCUAAUUUUUGCCAAGUUGACAAAUUUUAGGUUUAAGUAUAUUAAGCACAGCAUAAAUAAAAAAUGUCAUCCUUUGAUUUUGAGUUUUGUAAAUGAUAAGUUUUAUAAAUGCUGUAAUAUUUUGUUAUAUAGAUAAAAAGGAAUUCUAUAAAAUUCAAAUGCAUAAUAAUAGUAGGUCAUUAUCUUUUAUUUUUGAACAGAGCUUUUUAAACUGUGAGUUCUGAUUCUAAGUGGAAUCAUAAAAGUAUUGACAACAAAAUAUUAGAAAACAAAAGUAAUUAAAAAAAUCAGUUCAAUUCAUUAAUAUAUUGUAUAUUCAUCAAUAUUGGUAUUCAAUGAUUUGGUGCAAUUUAUUAACUUAUUAUAUUCCUUAAUAUAUUGAUUUGAGGCAAUUCAUUAACAGAUUGUAAAUAAGUUUGUAUAAAUAAUACUUUUAUAAUUAGUUAAUGAAUGCUGUGUUAGAAUAUUGUUUUCAUAUAUGUAUGCCUGAGGUUGCAUGCAAUUUUUUUGUGUGUAAAUAAAGUGGAAUUCUUUCACAAUAAAGAGAAGAUUUAAUUAUAAAUGUUUAAAAAGCUCUGUUAUUGAUCAUUCUAAACUCCUACAAUGUGCUUUGUUUUAUGCUAUAUCAUAUGUAAGAUUGUUUAAAAGCACUUUCUACUGAAAAUUUUUAAAUGCAAUGAAUAAUUUAAUUAUUUAUUGCCUAGGAAAAUGUAUUUUUACUGAUAUAUUUUGAAAAUCAGUGAUAUGUAUAGUUUAUUAUAUCUUGGCACAUGUGUAUUACACAAAUGUCUGUUAACACAAAUGUGUUACAUAUAUUUUGUUUAUGUAAAUAUUUGAAUAAGAUAUCUUAAUAUUGUAAGCUAUUAUAUAUAUAUUUAACAUUAGAUAUUACUAAAAAUGAUGUAUGUUGCCUGCCAGAAAUAAGAAAUAUAAAUGAAAAUUAUUUAUAUAUAUACCUUUAGCUGCCAAAUUGUUUUUAAAAAAAUUAUAUUUUUGGUCAGUAUAGUUACUAGAAAAAUAUAUUUUUCUAUAAUAAAGUGGUAGUUCCUAAAACUAUACAUUAAGCAUCAUAAUAACUAAUUCAGAAAUAUUUCUUUUAUUUCCUCUGGUCAAUGUAAAACAUAGCUUAUCAAACUAUUCUCACUUCAGAAUUUUAAAUGCUGUGAUUUACCUCAUUUUUUAUCAUCAUUCCUCACCAAGCACUUAUGAGUAGUUGGAACUCGUAAUGAAAAAUUCUGUGAUUGAUUUGAUAGAAUGUUUGUUAGUAAUAAAUGUAAAUAGUGUUUUCUCAAAAGAAACUGUUAGUAUUCCAUGAUCAAAAUCAAAAGUUGUAUAAAAUAUUUAUAUCUUAUAAAAAAUUUUGUUAAAGUGUUAAAUGUUUAUUAUCAGUCUUUGUGAGGUUAACUUAUGAGUGGUUGAAGAAAUGGUAUGAUUAAUGUACCCAAGAUGACAAAAUUUCAUUUCUUUCAUAUGUUUGUUAAAACUUCAAUUAUUGAAUGAAUUCAAUUAUUGAACAUGCAGUAAUUAAUUUAUAAUGUUAUGGCAAUAAACUGCAUUUAUUCUAAAAAUAUAUUAGUAAUAUAAUUUGCCUUAUAAUUGCCUUUCUUCCAUGGUUAGAGAUUUUUAUAUAUUUCAGAUUUAAUUUCUAAAAGCAUUGAUAAAGAUUAAUUUAUUUAUAAAAAUUGCAUUAUAAGCAUUAAUUAUAACAAGUAUAAACAUAAUGAAUAUGCUUAAAAAUUAUAUAAAAUAUUUCUUAGAAAUAUCAGUUUCUUAAAUAAAAACUGUGUAUAUAUUAUACUCAGUAUUUUUGAAAUUAUUCAAUUUCUGCCCUAUUUUUAUAUUAAAUGCUUAUAUUUUUUCCAGUAGUGUAUAAGUACUGAUAAAAAUUAUACAUUAUCUUAUAAUACUUACUACUAACCCAUACUUAUUUCAAAAUAUAUUAAUUUUAUUAUAAGUAGAUUUUAACAUAUUGAUCCUUGAGUUAGAAAUAUAUGAAAUCUUUAGAAAGAGUGCAUUCAAUUAAAAUAAAUUUUAGUUUCAUAUUAUAUUCUUGAUAUACAUCAAGAGUAUAAUAUGAAUCUUAAUAUAUAUUUCAAGAGUAUAAGUUACAUCUUGAUAUAUAUUUCAAGAGUAUAAGUUACAUCUUGAUAUACAUUCAGUGAUGUGAUUACAAAUAAAACAUCAGGGAUAAUUCUUAGCCAUAAAUAAUUAUAAAACAAAAUAAUAUAUACAAAAAGAAUAAUGUAACUAUUGAAAGGUAUCUUUCAAGGGGAAGAACCUUUCUUUUAAUAACAAAACUAAAACUGAUUAGCAAUAAAAAAUUUAAAAAAAAACAAACUUGCAUGAGCAUGCAUUAUAUCAGCAUUAUUAAAGUAGUGAUAUUAUAAAUAUUAAGUUUAAUAUUGAUUAAUUUCAUUUAUAUUUCAGAUGAUUGUGUUGGCAUUUUUAUAUUACAUUUUGAUGAUUAUAUAUUUUUCUUAAACCAUAAAUCAAAAACCUGUAAUAACAAGUUUUUUUUUUAUCUCGUGGUUAUUAAUUUUCUGUUGAGUAUCUGAGAAUCGGAAAAUUUUGUACUUAAUAUAUCCAUUUUGUUAUUUGAUAAUUCAUAUAAAUUGUCCAUUUUAUGGAAGAAAAUGUGUUAUUUCUGUGUCUGUAGUAUUGUAGAGAUCUGAUAUUUUUAUCCUUUACCCUUAUUUCAUUUGUGACUUGUAAAUAUACUUGAAUACCAUUGUGUAAGCUGAAGUUCAUUAUUAUUAUGAAUUUGUAUAUCAUUAUUACUUGAGCUGUAUACAUUUUCUCUACAUUUUGUAAAGCACUGACAAUCUGUAGUGUUAUUUUUUUGUGAAAGAAUUAUGUAUUCUUGUGUUAUUUAAUUACUUAAGAAUCUUGAUGCACUUGUUUCAACUUCCUUAAGGAUACUGGCACAUGUAUGUAUAUUCAAUUUUUCUUUAAAUUAAAAUUAUUUUAGGUGGGGAAAAAAUUAAUCUACAGGAAAAAUUUAUUUAUCCUGUAUUAUUCAAAAAUUUAAGGAAAAUGAAUUCAAUUUUAUUUUAUAAAAUAAAAAUAUAUAAUCAAAUAAUAAUUUGAAACAGUAAUGCUCCUGUAGAGUUUAAGAUAUUUAUUUAAUUCAAGAAAUUUAAUCUUUUGAAGGUUAAAAUAGUUAAGUAUACAUAUUAUAUUCUGAGAUUAUUAAAGAAUUGGAAGAAACAAAAUUUUGUAUGUAGCUUAAUGAUUUUUAACUAAACA